GCUGGGCGCUCCGGAGAGGGUGAGCUGUGGCUCGGUAGUCCCGAAAAUGAGGAGGUGAGCCCGAGGAAGGGAAGGAGAGCGCAGCGCAGGGGACCCGGGUCCGCGGUUGUGCCCUGCACUCGGCGGGGUUAAGGGUGUGCGGCUCUGGAUGUGGCAAGUGCCCCGCACAGGAACUGGUAGCCAGGUUCCCGACCGACCCGCACCGAGCACCGCCGCGCCUAGGAGCCGCCCAUGGGGGAGCCCAUCCGGGCCAGGGUCCAGAUUGAGGGGGAGCUUUGGCGUGAGGGGCGCUACCCUACCCUCUUCGUGCAACACCCUGUCCCUGGCCUCCCUCCCCUCCGCCCUCCGCCCUGGUUUGCGGGCUUGGGCCGCAACCGCAUGUGGCCUAAGGUGGGUGUCAGGGGACCGCCUUGUCCCGGCGGGAGCCCCGUUCCCGCUGGCAGUGGCUGAGGACGCCUGGCUGUCAGGCUUAUCUUUAUGGGCUUUUCCCAGCCCCAGCGGCCCCGGCCCCUUUUUAUCUCCUGGUUGCACUUGGCUUGUUUACUUUGCCGGCCCUGGGAGCCUGACUCUAAACUCAGGAUGGGGAGGCUGGGAGAUCCAGGGGAGAACCGAAACAGCAGGAGAAGAGAGAGACACUGUGCCUCAAAGCAGACAGGCAGUCAGACACACAGAAAGCCCACCUGAACUUGGCCAGAUCCGGACGGUAGACAACCAGGGAGGUAGGGAGAGCAGCAGAGAUGGUGCAGGGUUGCACCCCUCCUAGGGGAUGCUGGUCCUUGCAAGCUGGAUUUUUCUCCUGGUGUCCCAGGACCAGCUGCAGGCAAGGAGCAGUUACAAGGGUGGGUGGGUAAAUAGGCCUACACUAGGCUGUGCCUAUGAGCUGGAGCCAUAUUACUCGCCUGGUCCUCAGCUAGGAAGGGUCUGGGUCCUUUGGCCCCAAGCAGAGCCCCCUGGUACUAGAGUGUGAGUGGGUGAGCCAGUGGGUAUGAAUGUGCCGACAGGCUGGGGAAGGCCCUGGCAAGGUUCAGGGCCUGGACCAGAGGGGCUCUAGGUGAGGCCAAGAGGAGGUGGCCUCUUUGGGGUGCUGUGUCCUCCUGUGAGGAUGUGAACCCCAGUGGGAAUGUAGGAGCCAAGCCUUUGGUCAGGAAGUGUCCACCUGAGGUGCCAUCUGAGGCCAUGGGUGAGGAGGACACAGAGUAAGCAGAGACUCAGGGGCUCCCCAGCUCUCACCCUCUGUAGGUGUGCAACUGCGAAAGCCCAGGCCCUCCCUCUGUGCCUGCCUCUCCUCUGCUCCAGCCCCAAAGGGUCCUCACUGCUGUGGGCCAAAAGUGAGGCCUGAAGCCCAGUUAUCCCGGAAGGACCAGGAAGACCCAGGCCACUGCAGCCCAGCAGGAGGGAGGGACUGGGAGUAUAGCUGGGGCUGUGCUAACAGGGCGGUCCUUCCCCCAGGCCCACUCAUCACGCAGCCCCACACCCAGGGGCAGGCAGACCCUCCCAGGUCCAGAAUCCGUAGGGAGGAGGUGAGGGUCCUGCCCUCCCGCAUGCAGCACCCCACCCCCAGACUCAGAAGGGGGCGGGGUCCACGUGCCCAGGGCGCCUCCACACCCCGCACGCACCAAGCCCUCAGCUCCGAUCGGGAGGGCCGUGGGGCCUCUGGCCAGUGCGGACCCGGGCGAGUAACGUGUGCGUGCUGUGCCCGCAGGAGAUGCUGCAGGACAAGGGCCUGUCGGAGAGCGAGGAGGCCUUCCGGGCCCCCGGCCCAGCGCUCGGCGAGGGCAGUGCCGCCACCGCCCCGGAGCCCGCGCUGGUAGCGCCCGGCCUCAGCGGAGCCGCGCUCGGUAGCCCCCGGGGCCCGGGCACCGACGCCGCCGCCGCCGCCGCCGCCGAGCAGACCAUCGAGAACAUCAAGGUGGGGCUGCACGAGAAGGAGCUCUGGAAGAAGUUCCACGAGGCGGGCACGGAGAUGAUCAUCACCAAGGCGGGCAGGAGGAUGUUCCCCAGCUACAAGGUAAAAGUCACCGGCAUGAACCCCAAGACUAAGUACAUCCUGCUGAUUGACAUCGUCCCUGCAGAUGACCAUCGGUACAAGUUCUGUGACAAUAAAUGGAUGGUGGCUGGAAAGGCCGAGCCGGCCAUGCCAGGAAGGCUAUAUGUCCAUCCGGAUUCUCCUGCCACCGGGGCCCACUGGAUGCGACAGCUGGUCUCUUUCCAGAAGCUAAAGUUGACGAACAACCACCUGGACCCCUUUGGCCACAUCAUCCUCAACUCCAUGCACAAGUACCAGCCACGGCUGCACAUCGUUAAAGCUGAUGAGAACAAUGCUUUUGGCUCCAAAAACACAGCCUUCUGCACUCAUGUGUUCCCAGAGACCUCAUUCAUCUCUGUGACCUCCUACCAGAAUCACAAGAUCACACAGCUGAAAAUCGAGAACAAUCCUUUUGCCAAGGGGUUCCGGGGCAGUGAUGACAGUGACCUACGUGUGGCCCGGCUGCAGAGCAAAGAGUAUCCUGUGAUUUCCAAAAGCAUCAUGAGGCAGAGGCUCGUCUCCAGCCAACUCUCGGCCAAGCCUGACGUCAGCCCCCUGCACGGAGCCCACCAGGCCCUGCAGCACUAUCAGUACGAAAAUGGGGCCCACAUGCAGUUCGCUGCUGCGGAGCCACAGGACCUGGGUCUGAACGCCUUCCCACCCCAGCGGGACUCCAGCCUCUUCUACCACUGCCUGAAGAGACGAGACAGCGCCCGCCACCUGGAGCUGCCCUGCAAGCGAUCCUAUCUGGAAGCGCCCUCUUCCGUGGCAGAGGAUCACUACUUCCGUUCUCCCCCUCCCUAUGACCAACAGAUGCUGAGCCCUUCCUACUGCAGUGAGGUGACUCCCAGAGAAGCCUGUAUGUACUCAGGUUCAGGGCCUGAGAUUGCUGGGGUGUCUGGGGUGGACGACUUGCCCCCGCCCCCGCUGAGCUGUAACAUGUGGACAUCGGUGUCACCGUAUACCAGCUACAGUGUUCAGACCAUGGAGACUGUGCCCUACCAGCCCUUCCCCACACACUUCACGGCCACCACUAUGAUGCCUCGGCUGCCCACUCUCUCUGCUCAGAGCUCCCAGGCACCAGGAAACGCCCACUUCAGUGUCUACAAUCAGCUGUCACAAUCUCAGGUCCGGGAGCGGGGUCCCACGGCAUCCUUCCCAAGAGAGCGCGGCCUCCCCCCUGGCUGUGAGAGAAAGCCACCCUCGCCACACCUGAAUGCUGCCAAUGAAUUUCUCUACUCUCAGAGCUUCUCUUUGACCCGGGAAUCUUCCUUACAGUACCAUUCGGGAAUGGGGACUGUGGAGAACUGGACUGACGGAUGACUGCCUGUGUCCUGGACAGCCCCAGGACCCUGUCAAUCAGUGUUAACCUCUGUGGGUGGCCCGCACUACCAAGAAACCCAGGAAGGUAUUUCAGAGGGUGUAUGUGUGCGAAUGCAUGUGUGUGCGUAUGCGUGUAUGCAUAUGUGUGUGUGUAUGUGUGUGCGUGUGUGUGUGUGCUUCAUAUAUGUAGGGAGAGCAUCUAUCUUCUGACCCAUAGCUGAGGCCAGGACAAGAGAAGAGAAACCCCAGUUAUCUAAGAGGCGAUUUGGGCUGCAGGAUCUGCGACCGCUCUUACCUGCCAUCCCUUGACCUGCCUAGGUGAGGGACAGGAGUGGAGGAUUCGUCUGAGUUCUUUAGAGGUUUCUAUAAUAUAAUUGGAGUCAGCCAGGGGCUGGGAGCUGAGAUCUCUCUCUGCUGCAGGGAGAGCUUCUUUCUACAUACCUUGGGGUCUGGCCUUCCACCUUCAAGGGGUGCACAGGGCCUUCCUUUGGCUUCUGGAGAGGCCCGAAGCCUCCAGGUGUGCUUUCAGAGUAAAACUAUCAGCUCAGUUGGUGUCCUAGAGAUCAAUCCCUGGAGCUCUAAGGUCUGAGGGGUGAUUUUCAAAGGGGGUUCUGUGCCAGAUGCCACCUCAUGGGUAUUUUUAAAUGUUUUCUUGUUUUUCCUUCAAAAGUAGGGAAAAACCAAUCGGUAGCAUCUCAGUCAUUUUUCAGGGUUUGUGGUAAAGUAUAGAGCUCUUCCCUCCAGAUCCCCAACACGCAGUUUCUCUCUGGGGUAUACAACUGGCCUUUCAGGUACCCUCUGCCUCCCACAGGCAGCAGUUCUGAUGACACCUAGCUGGUAGCACCCUCAGAACCCGGCCAGAGCUGAUGUCAAGCAUUUCUCCUGGGCCUGUUCUGCCUCAGAAAUCUCAUGCCUCUGGUAUGAGACAUGCAAAACAAAACUGAGACAAAUCAAUUUCCUCCUGUAAAUUCUGCCCAUGUGCUCAGAGGAGCAAAGAUAACUUUUCUCUAGGGAGUGACCUCAUAGUUCUCAGCCCUGUCCUUUAGCGCUGGACAUCACCAGACCGACUGGGAGGCUGGUGUGAACUCUUAAAUUAAAUUUGGGAAAUCACUAAACUCUUUGCAUGCUGAAUAGCUAUUUAUAUAUUAUAUAAAUAAAUAAAUAAAUAAAUGAGUAAAUAUAUAUAUAUCUCACAAAUGCGGGCCACAUGUCAAAUUCAGCUUUGCUUUAUACAAAUGAAUAAACUUAAUAAAAAUGAAUACUGGUGGGGAUAUUUGGAAAGCCAUCUAUUUAAAUUUUUAUUACAUGUUUGAUAUGAAAAACUAAGAAUGGUUUAGAUAAAGCAUAUAUAUAUUAUAUUAACACACACAAGAAAUAAAGCUUUAUUAGAAAACACAUUAGCUGACAAGUGAUAUGGAACAUCAAGUGUUUUGUUAUAUAGCAUGGACAUUUUAUUUUACAUAUUGGAACAUAAAGCCACCUUACAACUGUGAAGUGUGUGGAUGCUUUUUA